UAGUGUUAUGUGAAGCUAGUGUAAUUUUGUGAGAAACGAGAAUUUUAAUGACUCUGGAAGUGGAAAAUGAAAAAUAUUGUUUUGUGGAUUUUGGACUUUGAUAUAUGCAAUGGGGUAUUCGAGUCUAGACGUCUAGAUUGGGAUAUGAUUAUUAUUGGAUUUAUUGUUUUUAGAUUUGUUGUUUUUAAUAAUGAGCGCUUGGAUUAUGAUAAGAUUUAUUGAGUGAUGAGCGCUUUGAUUUAGGAUUUUAUUUAAUGAGCGCGAAUUGGAUCUGGAUUUGAUUGGUUUUUU